GCGACCUCUGACCUUUGGCGUCAUGAUCUCCAUAGCGACCAGGUGUGUGAGGCAAGAUGGCGGCCGCGGCCAGAGAGAGGGACCGGGAGAUAGAGAUGGCUGUUCCCAACUGUUUACACUGGAGCUGUGACGAUGUGGCGGACUGGAUCGAGCAGCUAGGGUUCCCACAGUACAGGGAAUGUUUCACAACUAACCUGAUUAACGGCAGGAAGCUGAUCCAAGUGGACUGUUCGUCCCUGCCCAGACUGGGCAUCACUGACUUUGAACACAUGAAGCUGAUCGCUCGUAGCGUACGAGAGCUGCUCGGGAUCGAGGAACCCCGGUGGGACCGCAGCAUCUCGCUCCAUCCGCGGGAACCAAUGGGCAUGUUCCUGGAGCGGAAGAGUAACACUGGGAGGAAGGCAGACAACCUGACGUACGCGGGGUUCCUCAAGGGGAAAUAGGGGGAGUGGAUAGAGUCUAGACAUUGCAGUCCCCUUUGCAGAGCCUCGCCCACAGCCUAUACAGUAAGCAUUGGUUAUGCUUUGCUAAACCAGGCUGAGGUUUCCACUUUAGUGGGUGUGGCUUCUAACCAAUUGUCAGCCAAUCAGACACAUGCCUUAAUGUUUUCUUCAAGUAAAGUCGACUCUCUGAUUGGCUGGUUUGUGGCCAUACCUACGAAAGUGGAAACCUCAGGCAACAGGCAAGGCUCUGCAAGGGGGAAUGAAACAUUGGGGACACAAUUUUAUACAAAAUGUUGCAGAAAUAACUUUUUAUUUCAAUUAUGGAGAUGGUAUUGUACAAUUUGUACAAAGAUUUAUACCGUCUGAAACAAGGAAUAAAGUUAAAUACUGAGUGAACUAACAAGAUACAUAAUGAUUGUAUAUUUGACUGAUGUGUGAAAAGGAAAUUUAUUACUCUAUACACUACUUGAAUGAGCCGAUAUCAAAUCAAUUUAGAACAUACAUAGUUGUUGAACAAUGUGAUUGCAAGUGUUAUACUAACUGAUGCAUGAAAGCAACACUUGUAACUUUAGAAAAACAACUGUAAUGUGCCAACUAAUUGACAAGUUGUUCAUCAACUUUCUAUUACAUCUUUAUAGAUAUAGCAUACAGUAGUAUAGAAUCUGGAAUAUUAUAAUUUUCUACAGCUGUAUACUUAAAUACAACUCUUAAGUCUAAAGCAUUUACAAUGUACAGAUCACAAGAUUUCUUUUCAUAUUUCAUAGAAGUCUAUUUUUCAGCCUUAACACUGUAUUUUACAGUGUUGUAUGCAAAGUUUUUACUAGUAGUUGCCUGAAACAGAAUCUUAACUAGGACAAGUUCCACCUAUGACUGUUGACAUCUUUGAGUCAAUGUGCUCUUAGAUAAUCCUAUGAUUAUGAAACACUGUAAGUAGUCUUUAUCAUGUUUUAUUCCAUACUGCCAUUUAUAUGUGUGGUCUAAUAAACAAAUGCCGAGAGUGUG